AUGGAUUUCUUCACUUCCAUUCCAACUCACAUAGACUACGUCGGUCAAGCAAAAGCAGAGAAAUUGUACAGAGCAAUUAUAACAUUAUUUAGCAUCGUCGGUUUCAUUUGGGGCUACAUAGUACAACAAUUUUCCCAAUCGGUUUAUAUUUUGGGUGCUGGAUUCAUACUGGCUGCUAUAUUAACCCUACCACCGUGGCCAAUGUAUCGGAGAAAUCCUCUGAAUUGGCAAAACCCAAGGAAUCCCGAAGAGAAGACUUCAAGCAAAAAGAAGAAAUAGAUUUGUGCAUUUAUGACGUGGCGGUAUCUCAUUUAUCUUACUAUUAUUGAAAAUAAAUAGACUUUUAAGGUAAAA